CAUAGCUUCUCUUCUUAAAAUCAAAUGUUGGACUUACUAUAUGGAAGUAAAAUAGAUGUUGCACCUUUCUUAAGACAUUUGGCUUCAAUCUGGCACCUGUUGGAAUGAUUUAUCAUCUUUUCUGCCAUUGCAUAGUUUCACCUGUUGCAAAACACAAACCUGCUGCAACCACUCCAAAGUACAGUCUUGUCAUUUCACUGAUCUGUGCUAUAAUCACAGCACGGUUCACUGUCCUAACAGCCCUGGGAAAAAGUUAUUCCUCAGUCUCUUCGUUUUACAUUUUAUCCCAUAGUUCCCUUUAUAGAAAUUCUGCAAAGUCUGGAAAACAGAGAAAUAUGUAUUUGAUUUAAGUAUGGAAGAAGGUUUCUAUUAUCAGAAUUGGUUCUCUGUUCCAUUAUCUAAAUUAAAAGAUCUUCAGGUACCUCACGAACAUCACCGAUAAUGUGUGCCCUGGUAUCAGAAAAGGUCCAAUCCAUUCAUCCGUCUGUCCCCAAGAAGUUAAAGGAGAGGGCCCUCGCCAAACAGGCUCUGGUGAUGAGGAGGGAGAGCAUGUGGACCUGUUUUUACUCACUGAUGUCCUACUGUGAGAAUCUCAUAUCAGUGCAUGCAUAUUAGGUAUUUAUCAUUUGAUGUAUAUUAACAAUUUAUAAUGAAAUCAAAUUAUGUUCUUCUGAAUGGCAUCUGUGACGCGGUUACGUCUUUAAGACGUUAGGUGAUUACAUGUUCAGCAACGUCUCUUCUCUGGCCUGGUUUCAGUUUCCAUGGUAACCAGUUGCCAUACUGACCAGUGGGUGGUGUAAGUUUCUACCAGAGAUGGGCAAUUGUUAUAAAUGCAGCUGGCGGGUGCUUUGUAGCAAUAAAAUGGCAUUGCUUAAUUUAACAGUGUUCUGGAGUAGCCUAUUUGAUGCUGGGCAAGUUUUAUUUUCAAGGGUGGUGUUUGUGAAGCUUUGAAUAUUUACAGUGACAUUCGCUAUUGCCAUACACUCUAUUGCUAAAAGAGAAAAUUAAUGAAUAAGGCAAUGAAUUCUUAAGUACUUUUUAUCAUCACUUUUAUCAUUAUCAGCAUAAAUACCACAAAACGCAGGUAACGCAGCACAGCUACAGGUUUGUUGUCUAGACAGGUUUGUUGUCUAGACAGAACAAAUGUUAGCUGUCAGCACUUUGCUACGAUCAGCUUGAUUCAGAUAUGUUGCUAUGACGAUGAUCAGAAACAAAAAAGCCUCUAACUCGCUCUGUGUAUGUCUACAGCCAGACCCAGCUAAUAGCUCUGCAGAGCUAUUAUAAUUGCUGGAUUGUAUUUGGGUCUUUUGGUAUGACUUGCAGCAUGAUUGUGCAAAUGCAUACAGAAACAAAGUAAUAUGUCCAUUGAAAGAAAAUGGAUCACAUAUAAAUGUAUUGGGGCAGUAUUUUUGGUGGUCAGAGGCCUGAAAGUUGGUGCAAGAUUUACAAAAGUUAAAAGCCAAGCCCUUAUUCUAGAAAUUAGUAGUUUAUUCUUUAAGUCAAUUAUUUUAUAUAAAAUGUACCCAUCUCUGCUUUAUUUGUUCCCUUUUAGUUUUGACUCAAUAAUAUGAUCAUUGGUUUGAAUCAGAAAGCUGGAAAUGACAAAAUAAAGAAGGGAGGAAAAAAAUGUAGCCAAAGAAUGGAAGAUUUCUGGAACAAAGGAACUUGCAAUAAUUAAUAAACAAGAAACCCUCGAAUAAAGUAAGAGUAAAAUUUUUUUGAAAUAAAGAUUUAUCUAAAAGACUUAAUAGUUCCACUGAAAACACAAAAGUAAAAAAAAAAGUGAAAAAAAAACAGCAAGAAAUCUUCCUGUGCUCAUGAUGUCAUCAAAUUUGUUCCGGCCUAUGAUGACAUUGUGAUGACAUAAUAAAGUCCUUUUUGUGAACUCCAUAGUGAUGUCACUGUUCUAGAACUCCUUUAAUAUCCAACAGAAAGAGUUUAUGUUAGAUCAAGUCCACUUAGCGGGCACCUCUCCACGUCUUUACCCCGAAUUACGUUCAGCGAUCAAAAACAAUUUCCUAGCAGCUUUCGAUCUUUUACCUGCAAUUACAGUAGAACUGAAGUAAAAUGGCUGAUUGCAGCAUUGUGACAAAAAUGAAGAGACCCACCAUCUCUCCUCCAUCUGGUAAGACUCAACGUCAUUACAUUGGCGAAUAUAUCUUUGUCCAGCGUCUCUAUGAAGCAUCUCGGGCUGAAAACGCUGAACAUAAGAAAAACGCAGAGGCUAUGAGCCUUCGCAUAGCCGAGCUCCAGGCUGAACUAGACAACCUCAACCAGCAGCGUCAGACCCAUAGCCGAGCCAGCUCAGAAAAUGUUCGAUCCGGAUACAUCCCCAACGAGGUCCACCCUGAUAGAAAUGCUUUUCAGGCGGUUUGCUCAGAAAACCACUAUCUGCGUGACUACGCAGAAGGUCUGAGAAUAAGAGUUACAGAACUCUUAUCAGAGAGGGACACUCUCAUGAAAAACGUAAACUAUGAGAGGCAAACCAGUUACGAAUCUAUACAACUGGAGAAGGAAAAAAUAGAUGCAGAGAAAAAAUCUUUGGAGGAGAUGAGAAGUGAACUGAGAAGCUACUCCAUAAAGCUCAAACAAGAGAAAGAAAAUAUGCAAAUGGAGGAAGCAGCCAUCAGAGAAAAGAAAGGGGCAGACAAAGGUAAGAUCCAACUGAUGGAUAAGAAAGAAUUUGAGGAGGAAAAUAGAAGGCUUCUCGAGAUUAAAGCACUGACAGAAGAGAGAAACACAGUGGAAGCUCUGAAAGAGAAGAUUGAGAUAGAGAAAAAGGAGAUCGAACAGGCAAAAGAUCAACUAGAGGACGAAAAACGAGAGUUUCUUCAAGAAAAAAUUGAAUUGGCAGCAGAGAAACUGCAGCUAGAGUCUGCAAAGCAACUCUUUGAGCAGGAGACUAGAGUCCUGAAUGAGAAAAAGAUAAAACUGAGCCAAGAAAAAAAUCAAACAGAAGAAAUUAAAAAUAAAGUCAAACAGGCCAUCGAAAAACUGAAGGACGAAAAGAAAAAACUUAAGAAGGACCUUAAAGAAAUGGGGAAUAUUGAACAGGAAAUGAAGCGGCUGGAAGUUAUGGUGAAAGAUACUGAGAGGGAGAAAAGAAUGGUAGAAUAUGCCAAGAAAAAUGCAGAGCAGGAGAUACAGGAUCUCAAAAAGGUCCUGGAUGAAGAGAGGAGAACUUUAGAAGCAGGAAAGCAAAAUUUAGAUCGAGCAAAGAAACAGCUGGAUCAGAGGAAGGUGAAAGUUGAUAAGGAAAAUAAAGAAAUCAAAGUGGAAAAGAGAAUGUUAGAGGCUCAAGCUGAGCAAUUAGAAAGAGAACAGAAAGACUUGGAGGAAGAAAAGAAAAAGCUCCAGACAGAGAAAACUGAUCUGGAAACAGAAAAAGAAAACUUUGCUAAAGAGAGGGUAAAUAUAGAUAGUGAGAUGAGAAAAAUGCAGGAAGAACUGUGCAAUGAAAAGAAGGAGGAUGAAAGAAAGCUGCAAAUUGAAAAAGAAAUUGAAAUAGUUGGUAUGGAGACGAAAAAUCAAGAGGUUCAGGAUGCAGGUGGUAAAAAACACAAAAAAGAUAAAAAACAAAAGAAACAUGCAGAGAAACAGCUGGCAGUUACAGAAGAACAGAAAGAAAAAGCCAUGAAAGUUACAGAGAAAAAGAAGAAAGGCUUCUGGAGCUUCUUAUUCAAGAAAUAAAAUCGCUCCUCCUGCUUCCUGCACCUAAUUGUUCCUUCAUCUCUCCCCCAUCUUAAAUCCUCAUUUUUACCUUCCUUUAUUGUUCAUAUAAACAAAAAUAAACAAAAAAACACAAAAAUUAACAAAACGCUUUAUUUAUAUUAUUGAACAUAUUGUGGAACAAAUGCUCUUGUUCCACUGACUGACAACCUUAACCUUGUUUUUCCAUUUUUACUGUUCCUACAAACAAAAAUAUGUAAAAAAGGGAAAAAACAACAAAAAAGGCUCAUUUUAACUUUAUUGUGUACACACUUUACUCCCUUUUAAAUUUCAACUUUCAAUUGCUGUACCUAUAAACAAAGAUACAUUUGAAAGAAAUGGGCUGCACGGUGGAGCAGUUGAUAGCACAUUUGCCUUGCAGCAAAAAGUUCCUGGGAUCAACUCCUGGCCAGGGGUCUUUCUGCAUGGAGUUUGCAUGUUCUCACCGUGUAUGCGUGGGUUCUCUCCGGGUACUCCGGCUUCCUCCCACAUUCCAAAAAAAUGCACCAAUAGUUCACUUGCAAAAAAUAUGAUGUGAAAGCAAACUGGGGAGAAAAAAGUCUGCCUUUUGUCUGGACCAAGCAAACGGACAAAACGACUUUCAGUUGUGAAUACACCCUUAUUUGUUUGGCAUAUUCCAGUUGGUUCACGUCAAUGAUAAAUCUCUUUCAAACUCCAGGGUCACUUGUGGAGUAUCACAGAGCUCAGUGCUUGGGCCAAUUUAUUUUAAUGUAUAUAUGUAUAUGUAUAUAUAUAUAUCAUCAUAUGUAUAGAUAGAUAGAUGGAGCUUCGUAUUCAAGAAAUAAAAUGGCUCCUCCUCCUUCCUCCACCUUAUUGUUCCUUCAUCUCUCCCCCAUCUUAAAUCCUCAUUUUCAUUUUUACUUCCUUUAUUGUUCAUAUAAACAAAAAUAACUAAACAAAAAACACAUCAAAACUAUAAUAAACAAAAUCUUCUUUAUAUAUUAUUGAAAAUGUUGUGGAACAAAUGUUCUUGUUGCACUGACUGACACCCUAAACCUCCUUAUUCCAUUUUUACUGUUCCUACAAAGAAAAAUAUGUAAAAUAAAUUAAAAAAAGUUGGUUCAUUCCAGUUGGUUCAUGUCAAUGAUAAAUCUUUUUCAAGUACCACCUGGUGAAAAAAACAACAAACCAUGAACAUAAAAACACUGAAAACCAACCUUCUAAAAACGAGAAGCCUCCCUAACUGAAACUCUUCUCUACAUGAACUAUCCACUAGGAACCUUGCCUUAUUCCCAAUCCUACAGCUUAUUUCCACACCAGCAAUAAGA